AUGGAGACCAGAGGCCAGGGGAUAGUGGCGCCGGAUCCGGGAACGCUGAACCCGGAGCAACUGGAGCAGUUGCGAGAUUUCAAGAUUCAGACUCGGAUUGCAAAUGAAAAGUACUUGAGAACCCACAAAGAGGUGUCUCUGCUCAUCAGCGGCUUCUUCAGAGAAAUGUUUCUGAAAAGACCAGACAACAUUCUUGAAUUUGCUGCACACUAUUUCACGGAUCCAAGACUUCCCAACAGAAUUCACAUGCAGCUAAUUAAAGAGAAGAAAGGAACCUAAUUAGCAAAGCCACAGUGCUCAGCUGCUGGGAGAAGCCAGAAGGACUCAAGCUUUGGGGUCAUCUGGAGCCCUGAGGGCAAGAUUGUCACCAGUGUGGGUUUCCAAGCUGUGUGGACCAUCUCCUAUCACGGGCCUUUAAUAUGCUGAUUAAACCCAGAUCUGCCUGC